AUGAUUUUGGUAGUAACUGACUGUUACAGUCGCUGGGUAGAGGCGUACCCCUUAGGAAAGGCGACGACCAAAUCGAUUGUGGAUACAUUCGAACGGGAGUUGUUCCGAGGGUUCGGAUACCCGAGGGCAUUAUUGUCAGAUAAUGGCCCGCAGUUCGUGUCCAAGGCAAUGGGAGAGGCACUCAAGAAGUGGGAAGUGGAAGGUUGGACGACUCCAAUAUACCACUCAGGUUCCAUCCCGGUAGAAAGACAAAAUCAAGAGUUGAAGAAAGGGUUGCGAACCUUACUUGUUGAUAAGCCUCAUCAUCUGUGGGAUGUCUACCUGCCACACGUGUUGUUCUCCGUAAGAAACAGAGAGAACCGAAACACAGGACAGUCACCGGCCAAAUUUAUGUUUGGUCGGGAGAUCAAGGCCCCCGGAGAUUGGCAGCUCGAGCUGGCCGAAGGAUCUCCGGACGCGAGCAAAAAUGGUCCAGAGUUGUCCGGAGCAGUGCGGAACCCUCCGGUAGAAAUCGAUGAUUCUCCGGUAGAACUUGAUGAUGCUCCUGUGGUAGAGGGGGGUGACCCGGUGGUUUCCGUACCUAAAGCCCCCAGUACCCAUAUAACCCCGGAAUCCCCGGGAAGAAGUAAUCUGUCGGUUGGGGAUCGGGUAUACUACAAUGCGCAUCCGCAGUCAAGUGCGGAGAAGCGUUUUCACGCGGGGUUCGCCCCGAAAUGGUUAAGUCCGGUUAAGUUGGGUAAGCCACUAGGAACCGGAGUGUUUUUGACGGAGAGUAAACACCCUACUAAGUUACAUGUCUCAGCGAUGAAGCGAGCUGUAGGACUCGUCAGAGAACACUAA